CUGCUGGGCUUCGGCUAACGAGAGUGGAGGCGGGCAGAGAAAGGUGUUGCAGGGGAAGAAGCUGAGAGACAGCCCCUGGGGAAUGUAAAACUUAGGCCCUGGAAUCACUCACAAGAAGGCGUGUGCGCGAGCUAAAAGACUUAAAGCGUUACCGUGUUUCUCAUGGAAGCUGAUGGAUUUCUGAGGAAGCGUCGGAUGACAGCGGGGACCACAGGCAAUGAUCCCGGGGUUGCAGGAGCCUCUGCUGGUGCAGAAGUUCGAUGGCUGGGGGGCAGAUUCUGGGGAGUUUCUGAAAGUAUCGUGGGAAGCCUGACUCCUCGGAUUGUAGGGGAAGCGGAACUGCAAAGUGUUGAUUUUAUCUGUAGUACUCAAGAUGCACAAACAGAUGACUAUGAACCGGACUAUGAGGCUCUACCACAGGGAGCUUCUACUAGCACCCACAUGUUGGCAGGAGCCGUGGCUGGGAUCAUGGAGCACUGCCUUAUGUUCCCCAUCGAUUGUGUGAAGACUCGAAUGCAGUCUCUCCAGCCCGAACCUGCGGCCCGCUACAGGAAUGUGAUGGAUGCUCUUCGCCGAAUCGUAGCCACAGAGGGGGUCUGGCGUCCGCUGAGGGGCUUAAACGCAACGGCAAUUGGGGCAGGACCUGCUCAUGCCCUUUAUUUUGCCAGCUAUGAGAAACUUAAAAAGACUCUAAGUGAUGUCAUUCAUCCAGGGGCUAACAGUCAUUUGGCUAAUGGAGCAGCUGGUUGCGUGGCCACAUUGCUUCAUGAUGCAGCAAUGAACCCAGCUGAAGUUGUGAAGCAACGCAUGCAGAUGUAUAAUUCGCCCUACCGUGGCGUGUUGGACUGUGUACGCGCCAUUUGGCAGAAAGAGGGCCCUGCAGCAUUCUACCGCAGCUACACCACCCAGCUCACCAUGAACGUGCCCUUUCAGGCGCUCCACUUCAUGACCUAUGAGUACCUUCAGGAGCUGCUCAACCCCCACAGACAGUAUAAUCCCUCAUCCCACAUGUUGUCCGGAGCUUUGGCCGGAGCAGUUGCAGCAGCAGCCACCACACCUCUGGAUGUCUGCAAGACCCUGCUCAACACACAAGAAUUUGUAGCCGUCGGCUCUUCUGGCCAAAGCCAAGGAGCCCACAGACAAAUCUCAGGCUUGGCCCAUGCCUUCCGAACAGUUUAUAGGCUGGGCGGCCUGCGGGGCUUCUUGAAGGGGGUCCAAGCCAGGGUCAUCUACCAGAUGCCCUCCACAGCCAUCAGCUGGUCAGUCUAUGAGUUCUUCAAGUAUGGACUAACCAAGCGCCAGCAUGACAAGAGGAGAACCCAACACAUCUAGCCUGAGAUGUCGAUAUGUCUUUGGUUUAAUCUCCUCUAAUAUUGCUCUGCCCUCGCUGUGAGGAAGAAUUAAUACGCACAUAGAAUCUGACUAAAAUACGCUUCAGUUGCCAUGACCCUCUCAGACAUAGCAGAUAAGAAAGACAUCUUCAAAGGCAGUUUGAGUAAUUCUGUCUCGGCUACAUUGUUCAGGAGUUGAUGUGAUCUCAGUUCUUUUUGUUCUCUCUUACAAGAGAAAACAUUCACCGCAUUAUAAAGUUUGCUAAGCUAGAUGAAACGGAAACCUUUUUUGAAAUGAGGAUUUUGUUCAAACUGAGCACAUAUAAAGAAGUGGAAAAAUUGUCAGCAGGGGGCAGUCCCGUUACUCUGUCAGCUCUUACAGCUUUAUCAGCUUAGCUGUCUUUGCAGAUUUUAAUUUUCACCUAUUGAAAUAAAAUCACAACCGACUCUAGAUCUCACAGAGUACAUCCAGUCCUGAUUUAUUUCCAGCUAAAAGGUAUUUCAUAAGUUUAAAAAGUUUAAAACUUGGUAAAUGUUUUGUUAUUCUAGUACACAAAAAUAUGUAUCAAUGUCCAGAUAAGUUUUAAAAAGUUUAGUCAAACCCAGCUGUUGAUUAACCAGUGAGUUCAUUUAAAUGUCAGCCAAUAGUAUUUGAGCUCAAGGUCAAAGUUUAGAAAGAUGUAAGGGUCCUUUUUGUUUUGCUUGUUUUCUUUUGAUUAUUUCUUUAAUAGAAAUUAAUUUUAAUUUAUUCCCCCCCUUUAUUAAAGUGUUAAAAGAUUGUUACCCAUUAUUUAAUUGGACCGAUAAAAUUUAUUUGUGUUUAAUUUAUUUUUCAUAAUUAUAAAAUAAUGAAUGCCACCCCCCAUCCCCUGUAUUGGAGUCACAGCGGUUUGAUAUCACAAUAUGUAUCUAAACCAACAUUUAAUGCACAUGAAUGGAAGCUGUCGUUCUUACUGAUUGAUGUCUGAUGUCAUUUCUGACACUGAAUUGCACAUGAGGAAUAAACACUUGGCAGCGGAGCUCUGCUCACUGCUC